AUGAGCGCAUUCCCAGAGAUCCAGAGAUUUAUUGAGACAAAGGACUUUGCUCAUAUCAUUGCCUUUUGUCAAGACAUCGAACUCAAGUCAGAGGAACAGACAAGAAAGUACUACCCAGUAUAUAUAUUGUCAUUGUUGAUUCAAAAUGAUAUAAAGAAUGCACGUUUGCUGUGGAACAGAAUACCAUCAGAGCUAAAGGCUGCAGAUGCUCACUUGAAGCCCAUCUGGUCAUUGACCAAACACAUUGCGCAGCUCAACUAUCCAAUGAUCUACAAAUCACUGACUGGCAACUAUGGCACAGACUUGGCACCAUUCAUCAUUCACCUCAAAGAGACCUUCCAAUAUCGCACUUUCGAACUGAUUUCCAACUCAUACUCCAACAUCUCUGUCAAUGACUGCAGUGUCUAUUUGGGUAUUCCAACAGAUCAUGUACUCAAAUACACUGAAUCACAGGGAUGGACAAGAGACGGAAACUCACUGCAGCCAGUUCCAAUCAAGGCCAAGGAUAGCCAUGUCAAGUCUGGUAACAACCUCAUUCACUCUCUGGCCGACUUUGUAUUAUCUUUAGAAAAGUGA